AUGCGGAGCGGGGAUUCCCACAGCGGGAAUAAGGCUUCACCCAGCGAAAACAUCAAGCAGAUCGGCUCCCUGCCUCAUCUCAUCGCUCAGGAAUCCCGAGGUCAGGAAAGGCCGCAGUCGCGGAGAAGCCGUGCCCGGCGCCGGGCGGGGCGGGGCGGCUCCAUCCGGGUCCUGCCCGGGCCGGGCGGUGCGGGCGGCGCGAGCCCCGGCGGGACAGCGCGGCGGCGGUUUGCAGGGAACAUAUUCCAGCUGCAGGCUGUGCCGGAGGGAUGCGGCAGCUUCCUAGAACGGGGUGAAUUCACCAGAAGUCAUCCCUGGCACCGAACCCCGGUAGCCGCUCGGCAGAUACGUUGGGUUUGCGUGGCUUGGCUGCGUUGCGGCGCCCGUGCGGCUGUUGCAGCAGGAGGGAGGGAGGACCAGGGCAACUCCGAUGUGGAAAAGGUUAUUCCAUGUGGGUGUUGGAUGAAUCUGGUGUGGGACUCGCUGGACUUGCACCGUGGGGGACUGAAGGGUUGUCCUGGGAGGCUGAGCCCCCACGGCAUGGCCGGCAGCCUACCCAUGAGCUCGGACUUCCAGCAUUACAGUUUCAGGAUGCCGAACAUCGGGUUCCAGAACCUUCCUCUCAACAUAUACAUCGUGGUUUUCGGCACGGCCAUCUUCGUCUUCAUCCUCAGUUUGCUCUUCUGUUGCUACUUGAUCAGGUAAGGGAAGGCUGUAAGAGGAGUGUUCCCCAAGAGCUUCCCUGGUUCUGAGCCUGCCACUGAUCCCUCUCCAUCCCAAGAAAAGGGCGGCAUCAUCUUAUCUUCCCGUGAACCUGACGCCCCACGAGGCAGUCACAUUAUCCACUUAAAAAAACCAGGAGAUACACGUGUGCUCAAGCAGGCAUGGAAUCAGAAAGCCUGGGAAGGGACGUUUUACGGUCCCUGCUUUCUGCUUAAUGUUUCAACACGUUUGCCUCUGUAAUGAGUAACUCGUGUCCCAUGUGCUUAAGGAAUGUUUAAUACCUGCUCCGUUGGUUAUUGGACACAAAUUGCUCCUUCAACAGCGCAGUUUGGAGAUUAAUGAUGCAGAGUUGAUGUGUUAAUCUGAGCGAUGGGGAGCGGGACGGGAGGGCCAAAGGUUGUUCCAGUUUGGGGCUUAUUUUAAUUAUUUUAUGGGCCGUUGGGGAGAUUGUUGGGCUGCUAAUUGAGAGGAGAAAACUCUUCCUGCCGGAGGGAAAACAAAAGCCAAGUGGGGGAAAGUGCAGUGCCUGGGGAUUGA